GACGACGCGGCCGGCGGCGGCGCGUGCGCACCCGCUAUAUAAGCCACCGUGCCGCCGCUCAGCACUCAUUCACAAAUAGCAAGUUAUAGAUGACAAGACGAUAUUAGUUUGUGGCAAUGUUCUACGCUCUCAUGCAUCAUUCUAAGAUCGUGAAUAAUAAACUGAAAUACGAACAACUGUGGCAUAGUGACAAUUGGUGUGACAGUCAUUCCCCGCGAUUCGAGCAUCAACAGAGAUAACCCAGAGUACAUCAGAUCGAGUGAAGUGAUUAAAAGAGUAAGAAGCGGUCGAUUAAUCAAUCGAGUCUAGAUCACCUAAGGAGACAAACGUGUCUGAUCGACGAGACGAGUCAAGAAGAAUUUGUUAAAAAUUUCGAAAUCUAUCAAAAUGGCAGCAGUACAGACCCCUACUGAGAUGAGCCUCUCAGCAUCUCUACCAGUGCAGCAGGAGCAAUCAGAAAUUGAUCUGAUGGCGCUGACGAUGGCAGCUCUACGCUUCGUGAACCCUUGGUCGGUGGAGACCAAACAAAGCAAAUGGCAAGAUCAGAUAGUCCCGGGAGCACCAGAGGCUAAAGAUCGCACGAUCACCCUGGCAGAAGUCAGGCUACAUGACUCACCGCAAGAUUGCUGGGUGGUCAUCUACGAUCGAGUGUACGACAUCACCAACUUCUUUGAUGAGCACCCUGGUGGAGCAGACAUCAUGUUUGAGUACGCGGGCCACGACGCAAGCACUGCCUUCCGUAGCUCGGGACACUCGCGCAUGGCCAUCAAAGCUUUAGAACGGUUCCUUGUCGGAGAACUGCCCAUGCAGGAGCGCAUGUACCGACGACCGGGCGGAAUCCGUCUCAGUGACAUUCCAGAAUGAAACAGCCCAGUACUUUAGAUAAGUGUGCGGCUAAAUUAAUUAAGAUUUAAAUGCAAUUCGCCCAAGGAGCUUUUUUCAUCGUCCAGUUUCUGAUGUUGGAGAUGAAUUGGAAAGCGGGUAAAGAUACGUAGACGUAAAAAUGUUCUAAUUUCUUAUCCAAUUUCUAUUUAUUAGCUAUCAAGGCAAAGUGUGUACGUGUUUUGUAAUUAAUAAGUUUUUGUUAAGUUUUAUGAACGCAGCUUUAUUUUAGAAUAAGUUAGAUUUGCUAGAAGCCUGUUAUCACAUCAAAGUUUCUUAAACCGAGAUAGUAAGGGCAAGCCGAGUAGGUACGUGCAUGUGUGAUAAGUUGAUAUAAUUUAUUUCGCUAACCAUGACUUGCUUAUCCAAGAAUUUGUACUUUAUAAUAAUUAUUGUUACUGUUAACCUCGGUCAGUGAUGUCAGCUUUGAUAAGCGCCGUCUCGUGAAAACGAACAUGGCCGUAUAGGUACCAAGUUAUACUUUCCUCUGUUCAUCAAGAAGCGAAUGUAUGUAAUAUUUCAAGAUAUUUGUAU